AUGCUCCGGCUCAGGUAUCUGCUUCGAAGUUCUCGCGCGCGCUCGUCUCUCUUCAGUCCUACAUACGCUCGUUCCAACUUGUCAAACCCACAGAAUGUGCGACAUGUGAGGUUUAGGCGGCCUUGGAUAAGGUCGUUCAUAUCCAAAUGCCUUCUUUACGGCACCGCAUUCCACCUCUGGAGCACCUUUGUACUGGUGCGAUUUGACGACGAUACCGACGAUGAUGAUAUACCUCCUGUAACCAACCAAGCGGAGGCAUCCCCGCGUCAAAUCUCGGAAAGCGGCGAAAUCACCGGGAAAGAGGUCGAAAACGAUGGUGCGAUGUUCAUACCGCUUGCCUGGUCUCGGUUACAACAGGGCGAGCUGUACACUAUAAUGGACCCAGAGUGGCAGGUAUUUGUGAAGUUAUCCAAGGAUCACGAGAAGCUUGAGAGGCUUAGAGGUAAGGAGUCGAUUCACUCCCCCGCUCAAGAUCAUUCGCUUACGAGUUCAGAUGAACUUGCCACAAUCGUUUUAGAUAAUGCGGGAAAGCAGAUGGAACCGAUACUCGGGGAGCCUCUUUCCCUCACAGGAUCCUGGCUUGUCCAUCAGUUUCCAAAUCGUGCCCCUCCUGGAUAUGUGCGAUCGGGGAUCGAGAUUCAAAACGGCAGUAUAUCAUGGGUCACAAAGCCGAUGGACCCCGAGAUGGGUGACAGGUUACAGAACUUCAUGAAACCAGUUCAUGUUGCUUUGGCAAUCAGAGACGCAUAUCUGGUAAUAUUACUACGGCAACUGGAUCGCUUCAGAAAACCCACAGGGGAGCCGCUGGAUUCCUUUGAUUUCUUGAAUGGGUCUUCUUUCGCGCCUGGAGACGAGAGUGGGAACUGGAUUGGCCAAAAAGAUCAAUCUAAGCUACAACCACCCCUGAACGACAGGCUCAAGGAAAACAUGCCGCCUAAUACCGAGAAUAUCAACUACCACCCAUCCUCCCUAAUAUCGUUAUUACAGCGGCUGCCAUUACCGGACCUAGGUCCGGGAUCGGAUUUGCACUUGGCAUCACAGGCAUUCAAAUUACGAUUGAACCAUGAACAAGCCUUAGCACCAAGCUCUGCUCGCCGUGGGGCUUUCUAUAUCACGGGCCCAGUUGGCAUGAAGGGGCCUAACGGAUUUUGUCGAUUUGAAGUGAGCGGCGAGUAUGAUCCAGCCAAGCGUGAAUGGCGAACAGUGGAAAUGACGCUGAAGGAUCUGAACAUGAGGAGACAGAAGGCAUUGGGAAGUUGA